AAUAAAAAGAAAAGCGAAAACAGAAAAAACUAUCAGUUACUGUUAGAUUAAGUAGGUGAAAAGGCGUUGCCAAAAAAAAAUCCCAUUAUCGGAUAUCUCCAUCUUCCCCACUCAACACACCGGACGCUCACUGAGAAAGGAAUAACCCUAGAAAUCUUCCCCUUCCCAAUCCAAUUACUCAGCUUCCCCUUUUGCGUCGUCGAUUGCUGAACUCUUCUGCGAUAUUCCAUGGCGUCCGCUGCGUCGCCGAACUGCCCUCAGCUUCGAUUAGCCUUCAACUCCGGGAAAUGUCGAGGAGCUUCAAGUCCGGCGCUUCUGGUGAGAGGUCGUCCAGGGAAGCUCAAUCGUAAUGUUCGCCUGCUCUGUGUAGCUCAGAGCGGAACGGGACGGUCUCGCAAUUGGAGCUCCUGGGCUGUUUCCUCCUCCUCGUCCUCCACCAAGGAUAAUUUCGCUGGAUGGUCCGAUUCCGCCAAUGGAGAAGAUCAGUCCAAGUCCGAAGGGAAGAAUUGGUUUGGAGGGUAUGUGACCGCCGGAGCAGCUGGGCUCGUCUUGGUCGCUGGCGUUACAUUGGCCGGCUUAGCGCUUAACAACCGGAGCACAUCAAGUAAACCAGAUCAACAUAUGGAGCCAUUAACGCCUCAAAAGGAAGCAUUUUUGUCAUCCGAGAGGGACGAUGAUAGAGCUGUGGAUGAUAAAACUGCAGAAGAUCAUGGGAAGACUGGUGUAAAUGGCCUUGAGACUGAGGAAGAUAUAGCUUCAUCGCCCGAACUUGACGAAAUGCCAAGUGAAAAUAAGCUUGGUAAUAAUUAUCAGCUUCCUCCAGAAGGAAAUGGUGAAUUGUCUAUUGGCUCGGCUGUUGCAGCUAUUCAUGCUUCCGCGGUAGAAGAGCUAGAAACUGUUUUGUCUAUUGAUGUUGAUUCGGUUGUGCGUGAGAUGAAGUCCUGCUCUUCCCAGAAUGAGUUGAGUGCUGAAAUUGAAAGCGGAAGAAGCAUCUCAAGUCUUAUGCAAUCGGUUGCUGUGGCUGAAGAAACCUUGGUAGUUGAUAAGCCUGGCGCUGAAUCCGAUUCAGUGAACAGUAACAUCGAUGAAGUUGUGGAUUUGUCUGCCUUGAAGUUUGAAGGAAAUUCCAUUUCCUUGACUUCCUCUCAAUCUGUGGUUGAUGAAGUUGUGGAGCCAAAUGCUGCACUUGUUUCUGACAGUUCACCAAGUGAGAACCUUGACCAGAGUGAAACUGUACCGUUAAAAAUGGAGAGUACUACCUCAACUGUAGAUGUGAAUUACUUGCAAGAAAACGUGUCUCCUGAAACAUCUUUGCCUUCAUCAUCUGCUUCCACAAAUGUGCUAGAGAGAAUUUUAUCUGAGCCAGAUGAAAGUAGAUUGUUUGGUGAAUCACAAGUGCCCUUGAGUGCUUUCUCCUCUGUGGGCAUACCUGCUCCAUCUGCAGUUUUUGAGGCUCUCCGUGUGCCACCUGGCAAGCUUCUGGUUCCUGCUGCUAUUGAUCAAGGUCAGGGUCAAACACUUGCAGCCCUGCAAGUUCUGAAGGUUAUUGAGGCUGAUGCUCAACCUGGUGAUUUAUGCUCACGUCGUGAAUAUGCUCGCUGGUUGAUUUCUGCCAGUGGUCUUUCAAGAAACCCUGUAUCAAAAGUAUAUCCCGCCAUGUACAUAGAGAAUGUUACUGAACUGGCAUUUGAUGAUGUUACUCCUGAUGAUCCCGACUUUGCAUCCAUUCAAGCUCUAUUGACCGUGUGGUCCCUAAAUAAGUUAAGUAUUUCAGGUUUGGCUGAAGCAGGACUUAUUUCAAGCAAGCUGUCAAGCCAUGAUUUGAAGUCUGCAUCAGUAGAAGAGGAAGAAGUUCCAUUUCACUUCUCCCCCGAAAGCCCUUUAUCACGUCAGGAUCUUGUAAGUUGGAAGGUGGCCUUGGAGAAGAGACAACUUCCAGAAGCUGAUAAAAAGAUCUUGUAUCAAGUCUCUGGUUUCAGAGACAUCGAUAGAAUUCAUCCAGAUGCAUGGCCGGCACUAGUAGCCGACUUAUCAUCAGGAGACCAAGGAAUAGUCUCUCUUGCUUUUGGUUGCACAAGGCUCUUCCAACCAGAUAAACCUGUUACAAAGGCUCAAGCUGCCAUAGCUCUCGCACUUGGUGAAGCUUCCGACUUAGUUAGCGAGGAGCUCGCUCGCAUUGAAGCAGAAUCCAUGGCGGAAAAUGCAGUGUCUGCCCAUAAUGCCAUAGUGGCUGAAGUCGAACAGGACAUCAAUGCUAGCUUUGAGAAGGAGCUCUCCAUAGAGAGGGAAAAGAUUAAUGCUGUGGAGAGAAUGGCUGAAGAGGCAAAGAGUGAACUAGCUAAGCUAAAGGCUCAGAGGGAGGAAGACAAUAUUUCUCUAGUAAAGGAACGUGCUGCUAUCGAAUCGGAAAUGGAGGUUCUAACAAAAAUCAGAGGCGAGAUGGAGGAGCAAUUGGAAAACCUUUUGAAGGAUAAGGUGGAGAUAUCGUAUGAAAAGGAAAGGAUCAGCAAGCUUCAGAAACAGGCAGAGGAAGAAAAGCAGGAGGUUUCCCGUCUCCAGUAUGAGUUGGAGGUUGAGCGUAGAGCCUUGUCCAUGGCUAGGGUUUGGGCUGAGGACGAGGCUAAACGAGCAAGAGACCAAGCGAAAGCCCUCGAAGAAGCCCGCGACAGGUGGGGGAAACAAGGGAUCAAAGUAGUCGUCGACAGCGACCUCCAGGAAGAAGAGACAUCUGCUGCCGGAACAUGGGUGUCUGCCUCCGAGCAAUUCUCCGCCGAAGAAACAGUCGCCCGAGCGGAAACCUUGACCGACAAGCUCAAGCUCCUGUCCGCUAGAGUGACGGGAAAAUCAAAAGAAAUCAUCAACACCAUCGUGCAGAAGAUCCUGACCUUCAUUUCAGCUCUUAGAGAGUGGGCUUCAAAGACUGGAGCACAAGCUGAACAAGCUAAAGAAGCUGCUGUCUCGAAGGUAACAGAGUUCAGCACUGCAGUGAAGGAAAGGGCAAGUGGCUCACUCGAGGAGAUGCAGCAAAGCACUGCAGAAUUUGGGUCGACGGUGAAGGAAGGGGUGAAACGAGUAGCCGGCGACUGCAGGGUAGGAGUAGAGAAGCUGACGCAGAGGUUCGUCAAGUCAUCUUGAAUAUACACAACUCCACAACGAUAACCGUACCGUGUUUUCUCCACCAUUUCCCCCAUUUUUGGACUAGUGAAUAAAGCUUUCUCCUUGGCUGCUGAGGAUUCGGCCAGAACUGUAUAAUUGUUUGUACUUUGUACCAUCAUCAACUUCUCACACGGGGUAGUGGUUUGUUAACAUGGCAACCAAAACAUGAAAACAGAGAGUGGAGAAUUGUAGAGCUUCAUGUUCAAUACUUAUACAAUAAACUUCAGCUUUUACUUACUCCAAUAGCAAAUUAUCGGAGUUAUCAUAAUUAGUCAAGCAAAU